UGACUCUAUAGUCAUAUUAAAAUAAAAUUGCUAUAUAUCUAGUUAAGAUAUUUAAUAGUUGAGAGUAUUAAAUUUUAGUUCCUAACAAAUUACAUUUUCUACAUACCACUAGGCUUUUGACAUUUUGUGUAUCGCACUAUUGCUACUAGUUYAUACAAACAUUUCAAAUUGAAUUAUGGCGAACAAUAAGUCAGGACGAAUAUCUGAUACAUUGAUUCGAUGGGAGGCUGAAAAGAACCCAUUGGCACCUUUAAGUCAGUCUCAAAUCGACGCAUAUCUGAGUUUGUCUGAACACAUAGGCGAUAGUGAUUUUAUGUCUUUUGAAAUCAAAGACCACGACAAUGAUAAACUAAAUAUUAAUGAAGAGCCACAAAUUUUAAAUACAAAUAUAGAAUCUGCGGAAGAUUUUCAUAAUUUCUAUUACGAGAUAGCACAAAAAUGGAUGUCCACAGAAAUUAAACCAUGUAUACAGCUUGCAAAUGAACUACGAAAUCAGCUGGACGAGUGGAAAUUAAUGUUAUCCAAGAUGGACGAGUGUAUGCAGCUCAUUAGUAUGUUGGAAGAAAAAUACAGUGAAGUUUCAAAGAAAACAAACUCUUUAUAUUUAGCUGGAGAAGAACUACAUACAGAUCAGACAAGUUUGAGUAACAUAUGCCAAGAAAUCAAUGAACGUUUAUCCAUCUUCAAUGCUGCAGACUCUAUACACUUGAAAUUGGAUUCACCUUCAUUUAUUGUCACUAGUGAAAUGUUUGCUAACAUGAUGAUGUCCAUUGAUAACGGAAUUAAAUAUUUAAAUUCUCAUAUGUCAUAUAAAGAGAGCAAUAAAUAUCUUGCUCUGUAUGUAAAUGCCAGGUACAAGGCUCUAUCACUUGUUCAAACUUAUAUAACUCAAUGUCUUCAGACUGGAACAGAAAGUUUAGACACAGCUGAAUUUAUAGCACACUAUGGAAAGUUUCAAGCAAUUGCGACUAAAGUACGACCAGUGUUAGAAUUAUUGGAAAACCGAAUAGAUUUGGAUCCAGUAUAUUCUGUUGCAUUGGAAGAUUGUGURCUGGCCUAUGUGACACGACGAAAAGCUCUUCUUGGUUCGUCCAUCAGUAAUACACUGUCAAACUACACAUCAAGUGGGAGUGAUUAUUGUUCAACAUUACGUUCAUCGUGUAAAAUACUCAUACAAUUGACUCAUGAUGAAAAUCGAUUGUAUCAAUGUUUCUUUACAAAUAAAUCUUCAGUAUUCRGAGAAUACCUAGAAACUGUUUGUAUGCAUUUAUAUGAUAUGCUCAGACCAUUAGUGAUUCACAUGAAACAUUUUGAAACAUUAGUAGAACUUUGUACAAUCCUAAGAAUAGAAAUAUUACAAGACUAUGUUUCGGAGGAUGCAUCUCUUGAGGUUUUUGGAUCUGUAGCAGAGUUACUUUUACAAGAUAUACAAGAGCGUUUAGUAUUUCGAGCCAACUUGUACUUUGUCACAGACAUUUCCGAAUACAAUCCAUCACCUGGUGAUUUAGCAUAUCCAGAAAAAUUAAAACAAAUGGAAGCAAUCGCUGAAGAAAUGCAAUAUCGACAGUUGACUAGAUACGACUCAACUGGUAGUUUAGUGUCAUCUGUAUCUGAGGCACCAUCUGUUAUGUCAAAACAGUCUACUGGUGGAUGGACUUCUGCUGCAGAUCUUCAUGGAAUGUGGUAUCCACCGGUGAGGCGUACAUUGAUGUGUUUAUCACGUUUGUAUAGAUGUGUUGAUAAAACCAUUUUUCAAAGUCUUUCUCAUGAGGCAGUUGCGUUGUGUUUGAAAAACAUACAUCAAGCUGCUUUGAUGAUUUCUCAAAAAAAGACUCCAACAGAUGGCUCUUUGUUUGAGAUAAAACAUUUGUUGAUAAUCAGAGAACAAAUAGCACCGUUUCAAGUAGAUUUUACUAUUAAAGAAUUGAACCUGGAUUUUAGUAAAAUGAAAAAUGCUGCUUGGGGUUUAUUUCAAAAACACGACAAAAUGUUUGCUUUAAACUCUAGUAACUCAAUCAUUGAAUUUCUACUGGAAGGAACACCAGUUGUGCUAGAAAACUCUGUGGAUUCGAGACGUUUAGUAGAUCAAACAUUAAAAGAGUCAUGUCAAACAUUCAUUAAUCAUUCAUCUAAUACAUUAGUAUCACCAUUGUCUAUGUUUUUAGAUGAAGUUCAAAAGUAUAUUAAAUGGUGUAAUAUGCAAGGAUUCUUGGCUAUCGUUAAACAACAAGAAUUUGCCCAACCUAAAGCUAUUCAUGAAAAGGUACAAGAAUCGUUGGCAAAAAUCAAAAAAGAUUUACCAUUGAUCCAUCAGAGUAUGGCCUUGUAUUUAGCCAAUGGAGACACACAAUUUGUCUUGUACAGGCCUAUCAAGAAUAAUAUCUUGCACAUGUUUACAAAAAUUCAACAGUUUUUAACGACAAACAGUUACACUAAAGAAGAACAACAAUUAAUUGCAUGUCCUUCAUCUGAACAAAUGUCUAUGUUGUUAUCCACUUCAUCUUUGGCAUAUACUAAGUCGAACUCGAGAAAAACUAGUGCUGUAUCCAUUGAUGAACAUCCAGCUGAAACUAAUGAAAACUCUACGUAGUAUUAAAUCAAUUUGAUUACAUUAAAAUGGUCUGUGAUAAAUGUUAUGAAAUAUUCAUUCAUUAAAAAUAAUUAUGUUAUURUUUAUUACUUAUGUUAGCAUUAAUGUAUAGUUACAAGUCAUUUUAAAACGCAGUUAAUGGUCUAAAAGGCUCAGUYGUAUUAUUUUCGCUGAUAGUUAAAGAUUUAGGGCGCUCUCUUUUCUUCAAAAGCUUUUCAAUUUUGAUUUGUGAAAUUUUUCUCUUUUCUCUUUUGUGCUUCACAAAUUCAAUUGACAAUAUGAUUGUAGCCAGCAAUAUGCCUCCGCCUAAAAGUACAAACAUGCCUUGGACAUCAUCCAAUGCAAGUUGGCGGUCUUCAGGAGCAAUUAUUAAAUUUGGCUAAAAAAAUUUGAAACAUUAAUUUUUUAAAGAUAUGAUGGACUGAUUCAUUCACAUUUCCAACUCCAGACUUUUGUGUGAUUUCCCAUUCAAUAUCUUUAAUUAUUUUAUUUAAUAAUCCACUCUGUUGUGUUCGAAGUAUGAAGUUGCUAAAUAUGUUACGAAAUACAAAAUUUUUUUUAUAGGCUACACCUAUAUUAAAUGGAAUAUAACACUCUGAAGCAACAUGAAGAAAUAUUUUCUUGUUUUUGUAUCUGAAAUCAACAAUAUAAUAUAAUAUUCUUGGCCGUAUAUUUGAUAAUUAUUUUUGUCACUCAAAAUUUAUAUAGGUACAUACUUUUGAAUGAAGUUGUUUUGGGAUAAAUAAGUGAGUGAAAUUUUAGAACCCAGAAAAGCAUAGUCUAAUAUGAACCUGGUUCUGACAAUGUAAUCUAUUGCAUCCUCUAAAUUAUUCAUAAGCUUUAUAUUUGACAGGAGCCUUUGAGACAUUGUGUCAUUGGUAAUAUUUAAAUAAUGUUUCCAACCACCCUUAUCUAAAAUAUAAAUUAUAAUUU